AUGAAGAUAAUUCCCAUCCCUUGUCUGGAAGACAACUACUCCUACUUGAUCGUUGAUGAAGUUAGCAGAGAAGGAGCAGUUGUAGACCCAGUCGAACCACAGAAAGUGGUUGAUGUUGCCGAGGAAAACUGGGUUGACCUCAAGUCUGUCCUCACCACUCAUCAUCACUGGGAUCAUGCAGGGGGUAAUGAAGAGAUGAAGAAGUUGGUCCCCAAGAUCAAAAUUCAUGGUGGAAUCUAUGAUAAUGUGGCGGCCUGCACUCACCCAGUUAGAGAUGGUGAUAAGUUACUGAUUGGAGUUGAUACCUUCGUUACAUGUCUUCUCACUCCUUGUCACACCAGAGGCCAUAUCAGUUAUUACGCCACUGGAAAACAAGGAGAGGAACCUGCUGUUUUCACCGGAGACACAAUGUUUGUAGCAGGAUGUGGCAAGUUUAUGGAGGGAACCGCAGUGCAGAUGCACGAAUCUCUGUGCAACAUUUUAGGCGCUUUGCCCAAAUCAACCCGGGUUUACUGCGGUCACGAGUACACAGUAAAGAACUUGCAGUUCGCCUCCGAAAUCGAACCUGAGAAUUCAAGGAUAAUAGAGAAGCUGAAAUGGGCUAAGCAUCAAAGAUCAGCGGGACGUCCAACUGUUCCAUCAACCAUUAAGGAAGAGUGGGAGACUAACCCCUUCCUGCGGGUUGAUAAUCCUGAGAUUCAGAAGAAAGUUGGAACCGAAUCCCCAGUGGAAGCUUUACAGGAGCUGAGGCAACGGAAAGAUAACUGGAAGGCCUGA